UUUAGGUAGGUAGAUCGCGCUGGAUCGGUGGGAAUUCGCCAACGACUGCUUCCAACGAGGCGAGCGGCGCCUCCUUUGCGACAUCCACCGCUGAAAGAUCGCCCCUCCGCGCAUCAUCCUUCCCUUCGAGCUCGGCGCCCCGUCCUCCUGCCCCCGACCUCGGGGCUUUCGUGAGGGAUGGGAGGUGAUCUCUAUGCAUUGGACUUCGACGGCAUCCUCUGCGACAGCUGCGGCGAGAGCUCCCUCUCCGCUCUCAAGGCUGCUAAGAUUCGGUGGUCUUCUCUGUUCGAUCAAGUGAAUUUGUCCACGGAAGAGUGGAUUAUUGACCAAAUGCACAUUCUUCGUCCUGUGGUCGAAACUGGAUAUGAAAAUCUGUUGCUUGUUAGGUUGCUAUUGGAAAUUCAGAUACCAUCAAUUCGAAAAUCAUCGGUUGCAGAUGGGCUGAGUAUCCAGGCCAUAUUGGAGAACUGGUUGCAACUGAAGCCCGUCAUUAUGAAAGAGUGGAAUGAAGAGAGAGAUGCUUUGAUUGAUCUGUUUGGUAAAGUGAGGGAUGAAUGGAUAAGGAAUGACUUUUCAGGGUGGAUAGGCGCUAACAGAUUUUAUCCAGGUGUAGCCGAUGCCUUAAGAUUUUCAAGCUCUGAAGUGUAUAUUGUCACUACAAAGCAGAGCAGAUUUGCCGAAGCAUUGUUGCGAGAACUCGCUGGAGUUAAUAUCCCUUCUGAAAGAAUAUAUGGCUUAGGGACUGGGCCAAAAGUAGAAGUGCUAAAACAGCUGCAGUCAAUGUCACAGCAUGACGGUCUGAAACUUCAUUUUGUGGAGGAUCGGCUUGCAACCUUGAAGAACGUCAUCAAAGAUCCCGCACUUGAUCAAUGGAAUUUGUAUCUUGGGAGGUGGGGAUACAACACAGAGAAAGAGAGGGAGGAAGCAGGAAGUAUCCCAAGGAUUCGCCUGUUGGACCUCACUGACUUCAGCGAAAAGCUAAAAUAACUGAAUUUUAGGCUUUGUUAAUGCUUGCGAAUCCAAUUCAUUCAACUAGAUUUGGGCAAUUGCAAGCACAUAAAUUUAUACCUGAUGAUUUUUAUUUUUUUUUUUCAAGAAACCACAUUUCAAAUUCUAGAAUUUUCUGUUAUUCCCUUUUUUGUGUUGGUGAUUGAGUUUUCUGUGUAGAUUUUUGCUAGCAUGGAAUGCAUCACGGAGCUCUAUGGGCAUCAACUCAGCUAACCAGUUUGGCCCUAAUUGGAGCUUUUUCCAA